GCCUGGAUCAUUACAGCUGCAGAGAGCCAGGAAACCAGCCGGCUUUUUUCUGGGCCUUUUUUUUUUCUUUCUGCAUCCAAAGGAUGAUUUUUAGACCCGGCCAUUUGCACAUUAUUAAAGGGGAGAGCUGAACAGUGCAUGGUGGUCCCCACAGCAGCCCUGGAGCACUGUUAAGGUCUUUCUGGAAACCUGGGCAGAUGAUUGUGCUGCAACAUGCCAACCCACCACCUCAUCCUGAACAAGCUGCUUUUCCUUCAUCCAUUGGGAUGGGCAAAAGACAAAUAGUACUCCCUGUCCCUGGUCAACCACAAAAGAUGCCAAACCAUGCAUCCCAGCUCCCUUCUCCAGAAGUCUUACAGGAUGAAGACCUCAUAAAAGUCCUGGACAGGGAUCCAUCCCUCGAAGAUCUUUGUAAGCCCCUGUCCUGUAAGCUUUGUAAUGUCACUCUGAAUUCUGCCCAGCAAGCUCAAGCUCAUUAUCAGGGUAAAAACCACAGCAAGAAGCUUCGCAAUUACAGUGCAUCGAGCAGCUGUCCUGCUUCAUCCCGACUCAGUCAUACCUUGGAGGCAACGUCACCCCAGGCAGCUGCUUCAACACCAAAUGGGACGUCUUCAAAAAUUGUGGGACGUGUAAUUCUUGCAACGGAAAAUGACUAUUGCAAACUGUGUGAUGCCUCAUUCAGCUCCCCUGUGGUAGCUCAAGCACACUAUCAAGGAAAGAACCACGCAAAGAGGCUACGUCUAUCAGAGGCACCCAGCAACUCAUCAAUGGAUUCUGGAGAGUGUAAAAGGAGAGCCCGGAAAGAAGGAAAUGAACAUAAAAUGAUGCAGAGUCGAAGAAACACCUGCACGAUUCAGAAUAAUACAGGCCCGUAUUUCAAUCCUCGUUCCCGUCAGAGAAUUCCUAGAGACCUGGCCAUGUGUGUGACCCCAAGUGGACAAUUCUACUGUUCAAUGUGCAAUGCAGGAGCCGGCGAGGAGCUUGAAUUCCGACAACAUCUGGAGACAAAACAGCACAAGAGCAAAGUUUCUGAGCAGCGUUAUCGCAGCGAGAUGGAAAACUUGGGAUACAUGUAGAGAAACGGCCUCUAGCAAGCUAUUGUGUUUGUGCUCUGUUGCUUGAUUGGUUUUCUGUCAGUGCGCCUUUACUUUGUAAGCAUUUCACAACUUGGAGGCCUUUUGGUUCAUUACCACCUGGCGUUUCUAGUACUAGUGAUUAGUUGUACCAGUACCUCUAUGUGGCAAGAUAGUUUAUCUCUUUCAAGGCUUGUUC